AUGAAUGGAGAAAUCGAUAUAAUUCAGAGCAAUUCACUGAGAAAGAUUUUAUCUGGACCAGCACAAUGUGGAUCCACGCAUUCGUCACUUGCAAUGCACAUCCCAAGCGUAGAAUCAACUGCAUUCAGUUCUAUAAAUUCAUCCAAUCCUAAAGAUUGUGCUGACUACGAGUGCUCUUCUAGUGGCAUACUCUCAGCCGGGAGCGAUGUUACAUCAGAAGAGAACGAGUUUCUAAGGGUCGAAAAAAUAGGCGACGGUUGUGUGACUGAUUCCUCCUGUAAUCGUCUGACUCCCUCGAACUCCAGUCAAAUAAGCCCCCAGUUGAAUUCCUUUGUUGAAACUGGUACUAAUACAUUGCCUGCAUCUGAGUGCAGUGGUUCAGUCAACGGUACUCCGGAAGCAUUAGUGGCAAAUCACUUGUUCCCCGUCACACCUUGUUUUCCACCUGACUUGAACGACUCGAAGGUACACUCAUGUGCGCCUGACCCUGUAGAAGAAAUCCCCAUUACAAAGAAAACCAAUAGACCACAACAAGAGGACACUACCGGAUUCGUCGAUAAUAAAUACAUACCUUCGGCAGGACUAUCUGGUUCAGAUCCUUCUGCUGAAUCGACCGUUCACAUUAAUCCCAUACCACCGAUACAUCAGUCGCAACUACCAAUGGAUCAACGAAUCCCUCGAUUAGACCAAGAUUUGUGCGGUUUGCAAAGUUGCAUGACUAAGUUUAAUCCGAAAACAUUACAGAACUACGCCACUGGAGAUAAUGAUGCAACUCCUGAUUCGGAAGCAGUAUUGAAUACAUCAAACUUAUGGAAUAAAGCCAAUUGUUUGCCGGGCAACGAUGAAGUAUUGCCAUUUUCUUAUGCAGUAGACGCGUUGCCUCCUGUCAUUUCAAACAGUUUCUCCGACACGGCAUACGGCUCCAACGACAUCAGUGGAAAUACUCAAAAUACCUUGACAGCUGCAGUUGCUGCCGCUGNUGCGGCAAAACGAGCCAUCACCGGUGGUCAUCAGGGUGCCAAAUUAUGUCCCUCUUCCCGGCCUACAGCUUGGUCUAAUGGGACCAGUAAUACUUUAUCUGCCUCAUCCAUAAACUCCGUGGGGGCCAAUCAAUGGAAUGUCGGCAAUGGUGGUGCGAAAGUUGGCGUAGGUUCAUUUGCCAAUGCUUCACAGUCUGUGUCAUCAACGGUCGGUCCUAAUGGAACAAGUUCCACGGCUUGGGCUCAUUUUUUGGCUCAACAACAGUCCCAGGGCAAAAGCGGGACACAAACCAUAUCUUCCAUGCUGGGGGCAAUGAACUUAGGUAAUAGCAACACAACCAAUGCCUUACCGGUUCGCUCAUCACUAAACCUUACAGGUGGAACGAAUUCUACUGGUUUUACUGGGCCAACCAUGAAUAAAGGUGGGCCUAGCGGUCUGGCAAACAUCUACAGUAUGUUCCCAAAGCGACCACAACACAGAAUGAUGGCACACUGGCAGCAGCAACAACAGCAUCACACAAGUUUUCAACAAACUCAGAACAAUCGCAACACCAGCGUCAACAAUGGGCUGCAUCAAAUAACUGGGAACAGAAUGCCAAGUUCCACAAUGGAUUUAGCCAACAUGGUACCUGCCACUGGAACUUCGGGUGAUCCUGGAAAUUUGUUUAACUUUUCCGGUGGUUUUACGAACGGCUCCGUCUUACAAUCAUUGAAUAAUGCGGUCGGUCAGAAUUCAUCUGUUGGGCAAAUGGGGCUUGGUUCUGUUGGUGACUCAUUCGCUUCCUUGGUCACAAGUGGUGGUAUUUCCGUUAAUGAAAAUACUUCUCCACUGGACACUUUCAAGUUUGGAUUAGAUCAGCAGCUUAUGGAAGUGAUAAAGUCAUUUGAAAACAGCGGUAUAAGUACUACUGGAAACGCUGGAUCAAACACCAAUAAUAACAAUGAUGGCUCUGGUUUGGUCGGUACUGGUUUUGAUGAUGUGAUGGCAAACUUCGCGGAUGUUGACCAGCAGUUUUCGGGAAUGGGAUGUAUGAAUCCUAUGUCAAUGCUCGGACAUAAUGCUGCCACAACUAGUCCAAUGGGACCUGCUGGGUUGAAUGGCACAAAUAGCCACGCGCCGAGUCUAGGAACCAUUGGCAAUUGCAGCUCUGGAUCGGCAUUUGGGCCAAUAGGAACGAAUCCGUAUCCAGUUUUUACAACUAUUCCAGCCCGCGAGGAGGGUUAUUCUCGAAAAGUUUUCGUUGGUGGGUUGCCCCCUGACAUAGAUGAAGGCUACUGCUGUCUCCUGUUCCAAGAUGAACGAUCAGUGCAAAGUCUCAUCGGAGCGUGUAUUGUAGAUGAAGGAAAGUACUACUGGUGUGUUUCCUCCCCGACCAUGAAAGAUAAACCAGUGCAAAUCAGACCUUGGAAUUUGGCCGAUUCAGAUUUUGUGAUGGAUGGCUCACAACCACUGGAUCCGCGUAAAACAAUCUUUGUUGGUGGUGUCCCACGACCACUGCGAGCAAAAAAUAGCAAUGGGGUUAUCAAAAUUACAGUCCGAGUCCAAAAGAACGUUAAUCUACGACAGUACAGUGUUAACGCAUCUCACCGUUGGGAUCCUGAUUUGAAUAUUGACACUAAUCAGUGGCCUAGUUCUCGAGUGCGGAGCAACGCGUAUUGCAGUGGUUGUAUGGUUAGAAAUGUCGAGUGUACUGUUUAUUUCGAGUUAUUCGAUGUCCGAGAAUGUUAA